AAAAAUCCCUCCUUGCGCUUGCCUCUGUGACAGGCUGCCAGUGUGCUGGCCGUCAGGGCGCUGCGGGAGCUGCGGGUUUACGGGCUUCUUCGGUUCUGGUUGGAUUUGUACAGCACCACCCUGAGUGCAUCCCAAAGGAGGAGGAGGACUUCAACUUUAGGCCUUUGAGUGAGUUGAAAGCAAGGUGCCUGAAUGGGAAAAAUAAGACAAGAGAGAGGGCUCAGACGGGCGUGGGAGUGAGAAUGGACAACCUGGCAAAGUUGGGGAGCCACAGCCUGGCUAGCAGGAGGGAUUGGGACAGCACUUGUGUGGAAGAUCUUUUUGAUGAAGAUGAGAAGGACAGAGCAAAAAGGGCUUCACGCAAUAAAUCCGAGAAGAAGAGAAGAGACCAGUUCAACAUUCUUAUUAAGGAGCUAUGCACUAUGCUGCAAGGGCAUGGCCAUCCCCGGAAAAUGGACAAGUCAACCAUACUACAGAGGACAAUCGACUUCUUGCAGAAGCAGAAAGAAAUAACUGCACAGACACAAUCAUGUGAGACCAGGCAGGACUGGAAGCCAUCAUUCCUCAGCAAUGAGGAGUUCACACAGCUAAUGUUAGAGGCUCUGGAUGCUUUUCUCAUAGUUCUCUCCAUAGAUGGAAACAUCAACUACGUAUCAGACAGCGUUGCCCCUCUCAUUGGCCAUUUACCGUCAGAUAUGGUGGACCAAAACAUAUUGAAUUUCCUCCCUGAAAGAGAACAUGGAGAAGUCUACAAGCUUCUUUCCUCACACAUGCUCCUCACUGAUUCUGCGGAUUUCCUAGAAAGUGAAUCAACUGUAGAUCUUCUUACAGACAGUGAGAAUCACAUUGAAUUCUGUUGUCAUUUGGCAAGAGGAAGCAUAAACCUCAGUGAGCCUCCUGUAUAUGAAUGUGUGAAAUUUACAGGAGAUUUCAAAUUUUAUAACCAUGUGCCUACAUCAUCUUGCAAUGGCUUUGAGUCAGCUUUGCCAAGAGCAAUCCAUCCAGCUAGUGAGGAGCAGCUAUGCCUCGUAGCUACUGUACGGUUGACUACACCACAGUUUUUAAAGGAUAUGUGUAUCAUUGAAGAACCUUGUGAUGAAUUUACAUCACGGCAUAGUUUAGAGUGGAAAUUUUUAUUUUUAGACCACAGAGCCUCCCCUAUUAUUGGCUACUUACCAUUUGAGGUCCUGGGAACAUCAGGCUAUGAUUAUUAUCACAUUGAUGACUUGGAGCUUCUUGCCAAGUGCCAUGAACAGUUGAUGCAGUUUGGAAAAGGGAAGUCCUGUUAUUAUCGAUUCCUCACAAAAGGUCAGCAGUGGAUCUGGCUCCAGACUCAUUAUUACAUCACAUACCACCAGUGGAACUCUAAGCCUGAAUUCAUUGUCUGCACCCACACUGUGGUCAGUUACUCUGAGGUCCAGGCAGAGCGAAGGCGUGAACUUAGUGUGGAGGAGACCUCUUCAGAAAUGGCUUCUUCCUCUAUCAAGAGUCAUGAGGUCUACUUGGACAUGAGGCAUCACAGCAAAGCUGAGGAGAGCAGUGGGAGAGAACAAGUGAAUGACACACAGAACCGCUCCGUGUCCCUUCCCAGCUCUCACAAGUCGUCUUACACGGCCCUCUCCGACUCUGCCUCAAAUUCCUCCAUCAUCUUUGCAGAAACGAGUAACCCUUCCCACCAGUCGGUGCCUCUAGGACCAGAGAAGCCCUCAUCCAGGAUCCCAUCAAGCGGUUCGCAGUCCCUCAUGCCGUCCCAGACACCUGCAGAGCUCUUGUCUCAGUCACAUCUCUCCCCGUCCUCAUCUUCCAGCCAGCAUUCAGUCAUGCAGCCAAUGUACCAGUUUCCGGCCCAACUGGGAGUCAUGCACCAGUUAAAAGAGCAGCUGGAGGAACGAACUCGCAUCCUACAGGCUGACAUUAAGACGCAGCAGCAGGAACUGCAUGAAAUCAAAGAGCAGCUGCAGCUUGUGCAAGACUCCAACCUGCAGAUGAUGUUGCAACCCAUCCCUUUGAGUUACAGCACAGGACAACACAAAGGUCUGAGUCUGUCCACUCAGCCAUCAUUGUCAUCUGGGAGCAUUCAGUCAGCCACUGGCCUAUCGAAGCAGACCCAGACCCUGUGCCCCUCAGAGCAGUACUGCGCGUCAUCACAUGUCCUGUUGAGGGAAUCCCAGAUCCAACAAAGAUCGAUGAUUGGGACCCCUCUGCAGACCAGCAGCUUACCUGCACAGACUCAAACCAGCGUCUCAGUGCCUCUCUACAGCAGUCCCGCCAUGUUCUCCCAAACCAAUCCUCAGAUUCCAGCAACCCAGGCUGUAACUCAGAGACAUCCAGAGAAUGACUUCAGUCAAGACCGACAGUUACGAUAUGUGCCAUCUCAGCAAGUGAUGACGUCCUCACUGCCCAUUCAGUCCAUGAACUGCAGUGCUGUCAUCGUCCCGUCACCAGUCUUCACAUCCCCCAUCAUGAUCCCACAGAGCAGCUUCAGCACACAUACGGUGCCACCUGUUUACCACCAGGCUCUGCAGCCUUCCCAGCACUCCAUGCAACUCCAGCCACAGCACCACUUCUUUCAGAUAUCACAGCCUGGAACAUUACAGGGAGCACAAACCCAAACUCUCCUCCAUUCCCCUCAUGUCCCAGUGCAAACCAACAUGGGAUACAUCCAAACACAACAGCAACACCAGCAUUGCCAUUCCCAAACCCCAAGCAGCAGUUUGUCAGAUGUGCACAGUAUGCAGCCACCUCGAUAACCUGGACUUUAAUGGCUGUGAUCUGUAACUGUGUGAAAGCUUGGGGCAACUGGACCAGAGAAGCCUGUGAAAAGAAGUUAAGCUGUUGGUCAUGCCCGCUGAACUCUGCCUGGAAAGCUCAGAAGAUGGGAAAAGAGUCUGCUGGCCUUACAACGUGUGGAGAGGUUUCUGCCUUUUAUUUUCAAUGCACUUUUGAUUUUUUUACAGAACAUCAUGAGUACCAGGCAGAAAAGAUGACACUUCAGCAGGGAUCUGCAGCUUGGCCUAGGUUUUGUAAUGCAGUUACUGUAUUCAAAUGGUCAGAUAGACAUAAAAAAUUAAUUUGGGUCCCUGAAAUACAUUGACUAGUCCAAUAUAAUCGCAAACUUUGACGCAAUCACAUUCAUCCAUGAAUCUUUUUUACUGUAUGCAUGCCAACGUAUGAAGAAAAUACAACGUCACCAUCCGCUCAAGGCAGGUAGAAUUGCGAAACUUGCGGUGUGGAGACCUCAGGGAUUGCACAGGUCACUAAUUUCAUUAGUCAAAUCAGUCUGUGGCUUAUUUAUUUGUAAAUGACAGACGAAGGUAUUGCUGAGGCAAUGUCUAGACCAGGGGUGGGCAAAGUCAGUCCUGGAGGGCUGCAGUGGCUGCAGGUUUUUGCUCCAACCCAGUUGCUUAAUUAGAAAAACGAUCCUUGCCAAUAAUUUAAUUUCAUGACUUGUUAGUGCUUUAACUCUGCCAUGUCAGGCCAUUCUCAUAUCCUAGAUUUUUUUUUCCUUUCUAAGGGUAUCAUCCAAAUGAUUUGAAGUCUAAAACCGGAUGAGUAAUUCUCAGUCCUUCACAUUUUUUCUAUUCACUUUCCUUCGAAAAUAUUUAAUUAAACCAAAUAGUGCACGAUAAAUAGACAGAGGUGUAAACUGAAACAAGCUAAAUGGAGAAAUGCUGGUUUAUUUUGUCAUUUGAUUCUAAUUGUUAAUAAGGAGCCAUUAAAAACCAAGAAAACAGCUGACUAAAAUAAGCCAUAAGGGUUCAAAAUCUUAAUGAGCAAGACCACUAAAAUGAAGCACAAGUGUUACUUGAGCAAUAAGUGCUUCGUAUUAACCAACUGGGUUGGAACAAAAACUUGCAAUCACUGUGGACCACCAGGAACGACUCUGCCCACCACUGGUCUAGACCAACUGACUAGCACAGAAAUUGCAGGUUGGACAAAUAAAUCAGGGCUUAUGACACUGUAAUAUGGUAUUUUGUGGACUGUUCUGUGUUAUAAAGGGAAAAUAAUGUGGAGGUGACACAGGUAUGAAAGAUAUGCACGCAGCUCAACACAAGUCCUAACCCUAGCUACAGUCAGGUAUCAAAAUAUUGGCCACCAGUAUUACAUUCUAUUAACAUUUUACACUGACUGACACUUAUAACACAACACCUAGUCCACUCGCAUAUGAAUGCCUCUGCUUGCUGAUUUUGCACAUUGCGGUUACACUUGAUGGUCACUGGCUGGGGUUUGAAUACCAGUGCGGCCUCUCAAGAGUGAACAAAUAAUUAUUUGAUUUAUAGGCAUGUGAAAAAGUAAUUACAGUACAUCCCAUGGAAAUUCAUGACAUUUUCAACAUAUUUGAACAAGGAAGCAUUGCCUACAAGUAAAGGUGAUAUACUUGAAUAAACAGAAGAAAAAUUUGCCUUUUCAAUCAUUUAUUCAAGAGAAAGAUCCAUAGAUGUAAUAGUCUACUGAGGAAAAAGUAAGUUCAUCUUUGGCUUCAGAAGCUGUUAUAAGAUGCCAUUUCUGCUAAAGGGGGCAAUAAGUGUUUUGCUUUACUGACCACCAGUGUCUGACAUCAAUGAAUUUUUUGUCCAAUCUCCAUGCAAAAUCCCUUCCUUCCUUUGACUAGGCCAGUCCAUGACCAUCCAUUUCUUCUUUUUAAGCCAUUCCUUUAUUGACUUGCUAGUAUGCUUCGAAUCAUUACCGUGUUGAAUGCAUACAAUUGGGCACCAAGUACUACAAGAGUUACCUGAAGAUCUUGCAAUUAAAUUUUGGGGUUGUCGUAAGACUUCUUUUAGUAUCAAAUGGUCAGCUUUUGGGAUAAAUUUGCUGGGCAGGCCAGUCCUGGACAAAUUAGUAGUCAUUUGAAAUCUACACCACUUGUAAAAGAUUUUCCUUACAGUGAAUUAUUGACUUGAAAUAAUUUGGCUUUUUCAAUCCCUUGCCAGACUCAUAGGCAUCCACUGACUUCUUUCUGAGGGUCUUAGAGAGCUCUUUUGACCUUGGCACGAUGUUACCACACACGUCAAUAGCAACGUGAACACCAGACCCUAGAUAUCUGUGGUUUAAAUAAGACCUGUUUCAACAGCAUACUCCCUAAGGAGGUUCUAACCAUUGGCAUCUAAUGUGGAUCACCUGAUCAUAAAAUUUUAUGGAUUUAAAGUGCUAAUAAAUGUAGGGGUGAACUUAACUUUUCCAUGUGACAAAUCAGAUUUUCUGUUAAUUUAGAUCAGGGGUGUCGAACUCCAGGCCUGGAGGGCCAAAGUGGCUGCAGAUUUUCAUUCUAACCCUUUUCCUAAUUAGUGACCAGAUUUCACUGCUAAUUCACUUCUUUUCCCUUUGUUUUAAUAGCCCUGUUUUUAAGGAUUCUAUCCUCUGAAUUGAUCCUUUUCUUCAUUAAAUGGCAGCCAAACAGAAAUGACACGUGAAACAAGCCAACAGAUGACAGGCAAAAUUGGAGCUUCAGACUCCAACCAAUUUCUUAACAAGAAGCCGAUUCUUGCUGUUAAUUAAAUCCGUUAUUUAAUUCCAGGGUGUAUUGCUGUUCUCAUUCUGCCACAGCAGACAUUCCUAAAACUAUUGAUUUUCUGUUUUUUCUAAGAACACCAUCAAAUUGUUUUGGUGGCCUGAGAGAUCAACCAUACCGAGACCUUCACCUUUCUUUAUUUUCAGAUAUUGUGUGAUGGCGCAGGUGAGCUGGUCGUGUGGUGGCUCAUUUUGUGUCUCGUUACUGUAUGGCUGCUAAAUAAGGAAAAAGAAACAACUAAGGGGCCUGAGUCAAGUUAAUUAAAAUUAAAGCAAAAGAAGUUAAUUAGCAGCAAAUUAAUUAAGAAGAUGGUUAGAAUGAAAACCUGCAGCCACUGCUGUCCUCCAGGACUGGAGUUCAACACCCGUGGUUUAGAUUAUGAGAUUGAAUACAUCAUGUCAGUUAUAUGUGUCAUUUGUUUAAGUAUAUCACCGUUGUCUGUAGGCAGUGUUUGCAUGAAGAUCUACCGUUUUCCCGUUCAAAUAUGCUGAAAACAUCAACAGUUUCCAUGGGGUGUAUUUACUUUUUCACAUGACUGAAUAAACUGUGUGUCACUGAGGUCAUAGGAAUUAGGCAUUGUUUUCUAAGAUCUUGGAUUGUUAUUUACAAUUGUAACCCGUGAAAUAAGGAAACAAUUGUUACAUUUUAUUUUUGGUGGAUAUUUAAAUAAUUUUUUUUUUAUUUUAAAUUAAGUUUUUUUUCUGGUAGUGCAAACACCAGUCCAAUACUUUUUGUGGCUUUGAGUUUAGACAAGCAGAAAUCUUGUUGAUAAUGUAAGAAAAUCUAGGUAAUGUACAGUAUAUUUGAGGCUACUUUUAUGACCAUCUGCCACUGUGGUCAUAUUUUAAUUUGACCCAUCUCACCCUCUCAGUCUCUCACUGGUAUUUAAAAGUUGCACUCUGCACAAGCAGCUUCUUUUCAAUCUACACUGUUUUCUUUAUAUCUGUUUAAUUUGAGAUCAGGAUAAUCCUAUACAGCUCCAGCUAUGGCCUCUGAACCAGAAGCUGUACUGGGACAUAUUAAUUUACUUCUGGCCAGCUUUAUAGCACCACAUUCUAAAAUACUGCAUGGCAGUGAAACACCCAGAACAUUUCUAAUGGGCAUGGAAGAUACUGGAGAAAUGGAGGAUUUACCCAGACAAUUACACAGCUAUACAUCUCAGAGGUUAAGGGUAUGUGCCGUUACCUCUGUUUAGAUUCCUGAUGCAAUUUUCCAAUAUCUUGUUCACCUUUGAAGGAAUGCAGAGUGAUUGAAAAUAAAGCCUAUAGAAUAUUUGGAUGGUAUGCACUUUUACUGGGAGUGCUACCUGCACAGUCAUAAAUUUCUGGAGCCCAUAAUGUUUGAUUAUCUAUUUAAGGACAGUGCAGCAUGUCAUGUUCAUCAAUUUCAAUGAGGAAGAAUAUGAAAGGCAGGCAGGCAGACAAUCAUAAAAGGCCCAUGCUGCCAUUUCCUUUCAUGCAUAUUGCACUCAGAUACCCAUGGUGCACUAGAAAUGAAUGCCGACUUCUCACACAGCAAAGCUAACUUGACUGCUUGGUAAAACGUUAAUUGAAGCCACAACUUGCAUACAAAAAUGUUUCAAGUUUAGGAAUCUAUGUUUGGGGCUUAGCAUCAGAGUUUAUGGAAAUUUCAUUUUCUUUAUCGAGCAGGGGCAUUAUUAUGGCUCCCCAACUGCAUGCAUUUGCUCAGGUUGAGUGGGAACAAGUUUGUAGUUCUGCACGUUUUUACACACACAUUCCCGACCCUGAUUAAUCUAACUCAGGGUUGCUGCACAGGGCAAGAGACAAGUCUGCCCUGGGCACCAGCUCCCUAUUAACUUAACUCGCUUGUUUUUGGGAAUGUGUUAAAGAAACUCAUACAGGCUCAGGCAGAACAUGCAAACUCCACACAGACAACUCCCAGAGGUUGGACUUGAAUUCGAGUCUGGAGCUGUGAGACAGCAGCACUCUCCAAUGUAAGAAAACAGAUUUGUCCAUCCAUUUACUUAACCAGAUUGGUCCACUUUUAGAAUCACAGCAGGUACAGGCCUCUAAAUGGGUCACCAGUCCAACACAGACUAGAGUAGGAUUUGAACCCAUUCUGUCAGAGCUACGGUCGACUUGGAGGUAGCAAAUGACCAUAAAAACUAAAACUAAAUUUUAGAUUUGCUCAUGUGCUGCUUUGUUACAAAGAGUAAAUGACCAUUUUAUGUUUUAUAGUGUCACUAUGAAAUUACUAAAUGGCAGCACAAUUUUUUUCAAGCUCAUAUUGAACUCAACUCCUUGAGACUUUUGAUAUCUAUGGGCUAUCAAGCCAUCUUAAUGCAUUUCAGGGUUGCUACAACACUGCACACUCACUUGUACAUUACCUUUGUGAGGAAACACAGAAAAAAAGUGUUUGUCUUGUCCGUGGAGCUCAACAUAGGGUAAUGCCUACAACCAAAAAGCAGCCGACUCAGUUCUUUUUCAAAAUAAGGGAAUACAUGAUACCCACAAGACAAAAAUAACACCCAAAGAAGCCCAGCAUGAAAUGGUGCCUUAAUUCCAUUUACGUUUUGUUUGUUAGGUUGCAACUGUGGGCCAUGUUUGAAACAGUUGGAUAGCUUUUAGUAAAGUAGCCAAAUAUAAGAUAAGUUCAAGAGACAAAAGAUGUUCCACAGUGGCAGCAGAUGAUCUGGCCCUGUCCAAACUUCUCUUGAGCCUUUCAAUCCACUCCAUGGUUCAGUGUUUUGAGAUAUACUAACUAUAUAUCCAGAUAUCUUCAUCAGCUUCCAAUACAUUCUGAGAGAUAACAAAACGACAGGAAUUCCUAUUAAAUCAGAACAGUCAAGUUCUUUGUAUCUUUUAACUGUGAAAAUGAAUCUUCCAUGUGUGAGCCUUGAAAAAAAUUGCAGCAUGAAACGAUGCUGCCGCUUCAGUGUAAAUUGCCUGAUGGUAGUGGACCAGUAACAUCACUGGUUUAAUACUGAGCUGGAGAAAGAACUGAAAUACCAAGGAGUAAAGCAUCUGCAUUAAAGAGUACUUUUCACUAUUUAAAGAUAGGAAAAACUGACUGUUCCCCUUUAAAAACAGAACAUUUAUCAUUUUGGACAUCUCAAUGUGCAUUUCUAUGGAAGCCGAGAGAGGAUGUGCAAUAUCGUUAUUUUUUUUAAAUUGUCUCCUCGAGAUAACAGACUAAUUUUAUCGAGAUCUCGAGAAAAUGGACUUUGUUUUCUCGAGAUAACGGAAUAAUUUUAUCGAGAUGUCGAGAAAACGAAAAUUUGUUUUCUUGAGAUAACGGAAUAAUUUUAUCACAAUCUUGAGAAAACAAAACUUAAUCUUUGCUCCUGGCAUCAGGCUCGCUUAUAUUGCGACACCUAUACAGCUGAAGCCUUGCUAACUGUCUUCUUAAAUGAUGGACACUAACGUUAUUAUUUUCUACACUAAGGCAUAUACAUAUUUCAGCCUGCGUCAGCCCUUGAUUGAACAAAAAUGUGAUGUGCUGAUCAAUAGAGUUCUGCUCUUCUGCCAUUUCAAACAGGAUGUGGCUUUGUAGCUAAACAUUAAACGUUAGAUACAAUUAUUUCAAAAUUUCGAGAAAACAAGAUCCUUUGUUUUAUCAAGAUCUUGAUAAAAUUAUUCUGUUAUCUCGAGGAAACAAUUUAAAAAAAUAACAAUAUUGUACAUCCUCUCUCGGCUUCCGUACAUUUCAGAUAUCUUAAAACAAUCAGGAUAUCAUUUACACAUAUUCGUAAAUAUAUUUGAGAUGUCUGAAAAAGCAUUGAAGUUAUCUUGAAAUAGAUGCGUUAUCAGAUACCAAUAAUUCAGUUCAAGAUAUUCCAAAAUUUGUUUUGAAAUAUGACUAAAUUUAAAUACAUUAAAAGGGCCGGUCACUUUUGGUUUGUUUUUGUUGUUGUUGUUGUUUUUCAUAUUUGGAGACUGAGGAGUAGCAUUUCUCCUCUUCUCGGGCCCAAUAACAAAAACACAUCUUCUCAGGUAACUUUAGACAAUUGUUUUAACUGUUUCAGUGUUAAAGUUUCGCCUCGGCGCUGCACUUGUAAAUAGUUCAGCCUGCCAUGUCCACUUUCAUACUUUAGGAUCCUAGGAAGAUGCAUAUCUGAGACGAGGAACUUUAGCAAAUGGGACCCUGAGAUAACAUGUUAGACCACUUCUAGUAAUUCUAGCUAUGCUCAAAAACUGGUCAAUGAAGGAAAUGAGGUCACCACAGGACUUAAAGUAAAGGUAAAAAAGAAUAACAGCAGAGAUAAAAAUGAAACCUUACCACUGCAUGAAAACUAGCAGGUCUGCAGCAUGUCCACCAUUGUCAAAACUAAGGUAAAUGAAAUUGUAUGGGAAGGUAAUAUAACAGUAAAUUAAAUAGAAUGGAAUUCCAAUCUAAAAAGGAAUACAUUAAUUACCAGUUCCUUACAGAUAAAUAUAAAACACUUUUACUUUAAUCCAAGAUAGAAUUAGCUGAAGCCAGCUAAAUGCAAACCACUUAAGUUUCAGAUACAAUCACUGCAAGGAGAACAAUCAGUAAAUCAUAAAAAAACAAUCACUAAUACACAUUAGCACUCUUUUAAAACCUUAAAAAAUGAAAACAACACACAUUCUGGAACAAGCAGCCAGUGUUUCCACAUUUCUUUUCUCUUUAACCUCAUUAGUACAACGAGUCUACACAUUUUGGGCUGCUGCAGCUGUAUUUCUACUGAAAAUGUGGCAGGAUAUUAAUAUAGAAUGUUUAUCAACUCCAGUUAUCCAAAAGUGUUUAUCUAUUGUAUUGAAAACUGGUUCCUACAUAGAAGUGUAACUCCACGAAUGCUGUUUUGGUUCUUUCCAGUGGUAGAUGUGAAUGGAUGUGUUUCAUUUGGUUCUUUUUUCCUAUACAGCUUGGGUGUCGAACUCCAGGCCUGGAGGGCCGCAGUGGCUGCAGGUUUUCAUUCAGUCCUCUGUAUUUAUUCCUUUCUUCAUUAAAUGGCAGCCAAACAGAAAUGACAUGUGAAACGAGCCAACAGAUGAUCAGCUAAACUGGAACAUCAAACUCCAACCACUUUCACUCCAACCAGUUUCUUAAUGAGAAGUCAAUUCUUGCUGUUAAUUAAAGCCGUUAUUUAAUUCCACGGCUUGCUGCUGCUCUCAUUCUGCCACAACAGACAUUUCCAAAACUAUUGAUUUUCUGUUUUUUCUAAGAACACUGUCAAAAUGUUUUGGGGACCUGAGAGAUCAACCUUACCGAGACCAUCACCUUUAUUUCCACAUAUUGUGUGAUUGGCACAGCUGGUCAUGUGGCGGCUUGUUUUGUGUCUCCUUAUUGUUUGGCUGCUAAAUAAGGAAAAAGAAACAACUAAGGGGCCUGAGUCAAAUUAAUUAAAACUAAGGCCAAAGAAGUUACUUAGCAGCAAAAACUGGUCACUAAUGAAGAAGAUGGUUAGAAUGAAAACCUGCAGCCACUGAGGCCCUCCAGGCCUGGAGUUUGACACCUGUGCUAUACAGUAAUAUGUGCUAAGUGCUCCGUGUUAGGAGCUACGAUAGUGAAGGCAGGGUUAGACGGGGGGAUGUUUUGUUUCUGUUUCUUCUCCUACUGCAUAGAACAUCUGUAAGAAAACAGCAUUGACAAUCUCCGUCUCUCAGGGGCCAUUUUGAUCUGAACACACUACAAAGUGUUGCACAUUUAAAAAAAUCCUUCAUGCUGUGCUUAAACAACUUUGUUUCUAAUGGGAUUUGGGGAAAUGAAGGUGUAAAUGCACUAAUGGAGACAAACGCAUUCACAGUGAUAUUUAGGAAUAUUUCUAAAGCUGUUAAAUAUUACUGUGUACCACCCAAAGGGCUAGACAUUUCACACAUUUAAACAGACAUGUUAUUUCUAAACAACAGAACUCCUUCAGUGGAAAAGGAACAAAACACAGAGAAUGUUAAACCAAACAAAGAAGACUAGCCACAAUAGGACACCGCCAGAGACAAACAGGGAAAGGAAAUGCAGUUUUCCAAAAUUGGAGGGUUGAAUCCAGUAAAUUUGUAAAACAUUAAAUUUGACAAACCUUGGCAUCUCCCUCACUACCAAACUACAGCGUUGUUAAAUACUGCAUUACUCUGCCAAGCCUUUGAAGUGAAGUAUCACAGGUAGUCAGAGACUCGACAAAUGUGCAGUACUGACUGUAGAUACAAGAUUUGUAGGCACCUGACAUACUGUGUGUGGAUUCACCAUACUUACAAAAUGGAGGUUAGCUGAGUGGGAUCUAACAGAUCCAUGAAAUGGAUAACCACUGGCCAGGGAUCCAGUGAAACACAGACAUAGAGAUAGAGAUGAAGACGGACCUGAAAAACAGAAAAUUGAGUGAAUGGAUAAGAAUCUGCCACAUACUGUACCUGAAACAGCAAGCCACUGGCUCUCAAAUUACUUUUUUUUGUGAAAAGUGAGUAACUGGCCAUAGAUCUACAAGAAAUACAAGUUAAAGGAUAACUAGAUGUGAAUUUACCAGAUAUUUGCUACAAACAGCUACACUCUAAUAUAUACAGAAGGGAGCUACAUGCCAUGGAUCCAACGGAUGUAAACUAACAACAGCAGAACCUUUAUGAAUCAAUGAGAUCUAUGAGGUCACUGAAAGAGAAGAAAGCUAUUGCUCAUCAAGCCACCUUGCCAUUCAGACAAAGAGUUACUAGCCAUGAACACCAGACUUACAUGGACAAUGGUUAAAUAUGGGUCUGCAGUACCUGAUAUCUGAAAUGGUUAUAUUAUUAGAUUCCACAAGAGUCCAUGUUGUUGUCCUCAUAUUCCUGAAAGAAACAACUACUGGCUAGGAGUCCAACUGACAUGAAAUCUAGAGUGGCUAGAUAUGGAUCUACCAGACCACUGAAAUAGCAAUCAGUCUAGAACACGACUAGAACAGAAAGCGACCAGCCAUGUUCCCAUCAGACGUAUGAGAUGUGGAGGCAGCAAACUCCUGAAUCAGAGCCAAGAAGUAAAAGUGCUGAAGUGACAGAUCUUUGAACUUGCCAAUCGGUUGACGAUUUUGUUUUCUAAUUUAAAUCCCUCGAGACUUUAAGCGAUUACUUCUUUUUUCCUUCUGUUACUGGACAUGCUUAUUCGGAAGGCACCUCAAUUAUGAAGGAUGUCAAAUGCUCACGAUUUGAAAUGAACCUAAUUGUUACUUUUUAAUGUAAUCCAAAGAUGUCUGCAUUCCACUGUAGGAUGAAGCAUUCUUGAAUGUCCAUAUUUUUAAGCAGACAUGAGACACAGCAGUGAAAAGAUUUUCUAGGCCAAAAUGGUUUCUGUUUCUCAUGUCUUUAGAAUGUAGUGCCUCUUGAAGAUGAGUUCGUCGCAGAAUUAACAACUACUUGCUGUGUACAGGUGCUAUAAAAACAUUUUAUAGUAUAUGACAAAGUAAAAAAAAAAAUCUUUUUAGUCCCUCGGAAGAAUGAAUGGUUUCAACAAUUUUCCUUUUGCACAUGUAAAGUUUUACGUAUAGAGUAAAAUCAAGCUUUGGUAACUUGCAGCUUGUAUGAAUUAGACCAAAACUGCACCAUUGAUCCAAGAAGAAGUCAUCUGACAAUAUGCAGCUGUUUUGUCUUUGAAAAGGAGUCCUUGCUUUGAUUUUAGGAAAAACAGGACAGGUUGAUGUGGCACUGGGUGAAAAUGGGAAUACUACAAAUGAAAGGAGACACCUAAUGUGUGUAUCAUAGAGUUAGUGCUCACUGAGACCAGCAUUGUCGUGGGCCAAUCUGCAAUGAUGGUCCUAGAAUUUGUUUCAAAUGGCAGCCUCUACACUGUGAAAAUCAGACAUCUUUCUCCUUAUGUAGUCUAUUUCUAAUAUCAUCACUCAGCCUAGUAAGGUACUGUAUAGUAUACUGUACAUCAUAUUCCAGGUAAUAUGGCCGCUGUCUUUUACAGAUAUUGCAGCAUUACAGCCUCACUUCUCCAUGCAGUCAGGUGUCUAUUCCCUGUCUAUAUGAGAGACAUCAUUAAGCCUACAAGGACGCUGGCUCUGUCUUUCUACUGCGUCACACUUUGCCACUCUCAUUAUAGUGAAGGUCAUCACUGCCCUUACAUUGCUGGUCAUCAGCCAGGUUAUGUGGUGUCCCAGCCUUCCUGUUAUGCUCAGUCUACUGUGCAUACCCAGCCACUCUCAUUAUGCUGGAGGUCAUCGUUGGCCCUGUCUUCUCUUAUGUUAUUUGCCAUUACCAACAAUGUAGUAUUACAGCUAUGUUGUCACAUUCAGUCUACAGUAUCAAACCCUGUUUCUCUCCAUGUACUUGUGGUCCAUCCAUGAAAUCAUGCGUCGUUGCUAUCAUUAUAAAGGAGGUCGUAAUUAGCGCCUCAAAGCUCAACCUGUGGUAUCUUGCCAUGUUGUUGCAGGUCAUUAUUAAGUAUUCUAUAACUUUUAUAUCAUUGGCCAAGAUUAAGACUCCAGUAUUACAUAUAGCCUUCCUAUUACAUGCUGCCCAUAUUAUACCGGAUAAGGAUAAGCUUGGUGUUUUUUAAAUUGCUGUUAUUUCUUCAAAAAUAUAGUUUAUAUCCAUUUGCUAUGUGAAAUUGUGCUCUAAAAUUAAGCGUUUUCUAUAAAUUAAAUAAAAAAAUACAGCGCCCGUCUUGGCAUUUUAUAAUGGAAGCCAUGGGGCAGGGGGCCUGACCAGAAAACAAAAGCCCAAAAACUUACUGAAUAUGUCCUCUUUGCAGCAGCAAACAUUUCAGUAUAAGAAAACAUGCCUUCUGUGUUUCUGACGCAUGUUUGUGACAACAAAGAGAAUCUGGAAAUAAUCAUUUUAUCACAUGUUCCUGGUACUGUUUUUCUUGAGAUAAGGAUCUUUUCUGUUUGCCUGUGUGAUAGCAGUAGGGAGGAGUUCUCGCGUAAAUAUUGAAGUAAAUCAACACGAUACCAAGCACGUGGCAGGAACAGUUUACUGUGAUUCUGUCUUUCGGGAGGAAAGCACACUCCUCGGGGUCAAACUUUGUUGUGAAGGAAGACAAAGCUCUGAGGUAGUGUGCACAGCUGGUAUUCUUUCAAAAUGACAGAAUCAUAUAAUAUCUGCGUUUUUUGUUCAAAAAUGACACAUAUAAGCUAUUUUACAAUUAACUGUAAUCUCACGAUGCGGAUCAACGCUCAAUAACUGUCUUGGCUAGAAAAAUUUACGAAUUUGGCAAGUUUUUAAGUAAUUUGUUUUCUGGUCGGGUUCCGUGCCCCAUGACUUCCGUUAUAAAACACCAGGAGAGAUUAUAUAUUUUAAAACAUUUAUAGAAAAUGCUUAACUUUAGGAUUCAAUUUCAUGUGGCAAAUGCAUAUAUAUAUAUGUAUGGAUGUUUGUGAAGAUACAACUUCCUACUUGAAAAAAACAAACUUGUGCUUUAAACCUAAAAGUUUGCCAGUUCUUAGAUUUGUUGGUCAAUCUGCACAUUGCAGUAUUUCACACGGAUUGUGAUGUUCAGUGUUCGGUAUUGUUACCUGUUAGGUCAUCAAUGAGGCUACGACCCCAUUUAACUUGUCACACAGACUGUAGUAUUGCAGCCUCCCUGUUUGACUCAACUGUCAAUUGUACCACGUUGUAUGUCUCACAUGAUACUGGCAGCCAUCAUUUCACCAGCAAUACAGUAUUACAGUCUUGCUAACUCUACAGUUGAAGUCAUUAUUGAGCUUGCACCUUUCAGAAUACUUCAUUCUCCAUAACUUACAAUGUACUAGAGGUCAUCAUUAAGCCUAAUGAACAGUGUCUAUUAAAUUAUUGGUCAUCACCAAAGCUGCAGUAAUGCAGCCUCAUUGUUAAAUUUAGUGUAUGCCAUCACACUCUGUCACUCACAUUAUACUGGAUGUCACUCUCAAACUUGCCGUGAUACCACUACCAAUUCUAAAAAAAGUGGGUGGCGACACCAAAAAGGUCGAAACACUGGUCUAGAGGAUGAUCUAUCAUCCUCUAGACCAGUGUUUCGACCUUUUUGGUGUCACCACCCACUUUUUUAACAAAUGUUGUCCCUCUUGGUUGAAUCAAGAGAGAUUAUUAGAUCUGAAGCUGCAUCGAUCAUUGGAGAGGCGACCCACCACAACCCACUACCACUAUAAUCAAUAGCAACUUGCAACCCACUGGCGGCAGCCCCUGACGACCCAGUGAUUGAAAAACUGCCUAGUGUAUAAAAUAACAAAUUGUUUUAUUCAUUCAAAAUAAUUAGUUAAAAUUAAAAAAACCAGUGAACUGAAUUAUUUCACAUACUGUACAGCUGGGUCUAAAGCUGGGGUGGCCAACUCAGUGCCUGCAGGUUUUCCCUUUAGAUGCUUUCUUCUUUAGUAACCAAUUAGCUCUGCUAAUAGAAUAUCCUUCUUUUUCCUUAAUUUUAAUUGACUACCUUUUUAGGUUUCUAAACCUUUAUUUUGUUUUUGUUAACCAGUAGCCAAAAAAUAAUUUCAUGCAAGGCGAGACAACAAGCUAACACUGGGGUCUCAGACUCAGUCCCUGGACCAUCACUUUUACUGUUAUUCGUAUGGCUUGUUAGUGCUCUCAUUCUGCCACAUAAGACAUUGCCAAAAACGGUUAAUUUUCUUUUUUAAAAUUUUUGCAAGGACAAUCAACUUAUUUUAUGGACAGGAGGAGAUCUAUAUUUCUUAUUUUUUCCUUUCAAAUAUUUUAUUGAAACAAAUAUUGUGGGAUGGACACACACUAUCAAGUGAAUAUGCUCAUCUAAUUGUUUACUUUGAAUCACAUUAUUGUUUGGCUAUUGGAAACACAAAGUUUCUAAAUCUUAAAAAGCAAGUAAGUUAAAAUUAAACACAAAGGUUUAUUAGCAACAUUACUUGAUUCCUAAUUAAGAAAAUGAUCAGAACAAAAACCUGCAGCCACCCUGGCCCCCCAGGAACUGCAUGUGUCACCUUUGGUUUAAAGUGUCCUCAUUGCAGAUGUUGAGACUUCAGCCCCCCGGGUGAGUGACUUUUCCCUAUUAAGCCCCUGCCAUUCUGCCUGUACUGUAGUUUCAUUAUGGGCUCUGACUUCAGCUGACUGAUCUUUGGUAACUGCCCUAUGAGACCGUUUGAUUGCAGCGUCUCACUUUUCGCAUGAGUAAUAACAAGGAAUGGUGGAAGUCAAGGUUGAUGCACUGCAGACGUAAAGGUGUGUGUGUGUGUGUGUAUGUGUAUAAAGAGACAAUCAUUUCACAUUAUUUCUAUGAAGAAUGUUGUAAAGUCAAAAUAUACAAUCAUCUAAAGCAAAUAUGAGAAAGUGGGAAUAUAUUUUUAUACUGUAUCAGGCAGGGAGCAUUUCAUAAACUAUAAAAAACUGAGAGAACAUUUUCUCAGUGUCCAGAAUGACAAGCAGGUGUGUACAAAAUUUGCACGUAUUAUUUUUGCUUUAGGUCGUCUUUUUUGUACUUUGCAGACACAAUACCAUCACUGUGGAAUUUGUUUAUGAUCAGGAAACUAAAAAUGCAUAUUUUUGACAAAUCAAAAUGCACAGAAAAACCAGGGCAAAUAGAAGAGAGGAAAAAAAUCUUUAUUUUUGCUGAAAUAUUGUCAAUUCUUUGUACCUUGAGCUGUAUUCACUUUAUUGUAAUGUUAAAUAGUUUAUGUGGCACAGAAUUUUGCUUGGUCUUGUGAUGUGUCCAUAAUUGUAGAAUAAGCACCUUUUUAUUUUGAAGCUGUUUGUAUAGUUUUUAAAACAAAAGCAAAACCUGAUACAAACUUACAGCCAUUUCUGCCAAAAUAACAGCAGAAUAUCUUGUAGAUAAUGUAAUAUAAGAUGUAAAAAAUUAUUUACUUAGAUUGUUAGUUUAUUUUAUAUGAGAUUGAACAGAUUUAAGUACAUUUAUAAAUGUUAAAUGAUUUAAAUUUGUUUUAUAAGAGAAAAUAUUUAAGUGUCUUAGAAGGCAACCUGUUAUUAUUAUUGAAUUUCACAAAUUGGUGAUGCACAUACAAAAAAUAAAGAAAGAAAAACAAGUUGAAGAUGGCAGCCUUUGGUCCAGGUUGUACCUGAGUAAGCUUUAAAAAUAAAAACUAAGUUUACAUUCAAACAGAAAACAAAAUAGUAACCUCUACUGUUUGAACCUGCAUUGACAUUGGUUAAAAUGUUUGCCACUCAAUUCACAAAACUGUGGUUACCAACAAUAAACUGAUAAAGAGAA